AUGUCGAAUAUUCCAUUUCCACGUUUGCAGCCUACUGUCGAAACGGGACCGAAACUAUUUCAACCCGACUUGAAUGUUCGGUUAAUUUGCCCAGAUUGCAAGAACCCUGUGCCGAAUAUCAUUGAGGAGUUCGCCAGUGGCGACCUUGUUUGUGGCGAUUGCGGCCUAGUUCUUGGUGAUCGAAUCAUUGACACAAGGUCCGAGUGGAGAACAUUUGCUAAUGAUGAAGGAGAUGAUCCUUCGCGUGUUGGUGCCGCCGCAAAUCCACUCCUCGACGGUUCGCAAUUGGACACUGUGAUCUCUAGAAGGGACGGCGGUUCAGGAACCGCAAGAGAUCUUAACAAGGUUCAUGGUCGUGCUAACGCCGUAAAGGGCGAGAAAAAUUUGAUUCAAGCUUAUCAAGAGAUUACUGCCAUGAGCGAUUCCAUAGGUUUAACUAGGUUAAUCGCUGAUAUUGCCAAACAGUUGUACAAGCGUGUCGAGGAAGAGAAGCUUUUGCGCGGUAAAAGCACCGA